AUGGGCGACACAUCCAAUGAAACCGACCUCCUCGACUCCUUCCCAACACCACCACAAACCGGAAACCGAGCCUGGAUAACCCUCAUAACAUCCACCUCCUACAUCCCCGGCGUUCUCAUGCUGGCCUACAGUCUCAAAAAACACAAUUCCCAAUACCCGCUGCUGAUCCUGUACACCUCCUCCAUCAACAUCGCAACAUGCACCGCCCUCCUCGCCGAAUCGCAGCUCUCCAACUUCCACCUCCUAAAAGUAGAGUCCCUGGCCCCGCCCAACGCAAGCAAGAACCUGAUCGCCGAGCGCUUCCGGGAUACGUGGACAAAACUCCGCGUUUUCGAGAUGUACGGCUGGGAGCGGCUGUGUUGGCUCGAUGCCGAUAUGCUGGUCUUCAAGAACGUGGAUGCGGUGUUUGAGACGGACAUGGGACCGGAGAGUGAGAAGGGGUGGUGGAUCGCUGCUAAUCAUGUUUGUGUCUGUAAUCUGGAUCGUGAUUCCUGGGCGCCGGACGAUUGGAGAAAGGAGAAUUGUGCGUGGACGGGUUAUGAACAUCCUGAUGCGUUGACGAACGCACCGCCGGUUCCGAAGAGUGGGACGGGGAAGAAGACGCAUUUGCUGCUUAAUGGGGGCUUGUUUCUUUUUGAUCCGUCGAAGGAGCUGUGGGAGAAGAUGUUGGAGACGCUGAAUACGGAUGAGUCGAUCAAUGAUUUUAUGUUUCCGGAUCAGGAUUUCCUCGCGUAUUUCUUUUUGGAUAGGUGGAAGCCGUUGCCGUGGCAUUAUAAUGCGCUCAAGACUUGGAGAUACUGGCAUCCUGAGAUGUGGAGGGAUGAGGAGGUUGGUGUGUUGCAUUAUAUUGUCGACAAGCCUUGGAAUGCACGUGUCAAGACGGUCAGAAAAGAACGUGAUGAGGUGGAUGGUGCUCAGGUUGAUGGUGCUGGAGAUGAGCAGGAGGAGAAAAUUGCUGGAUAUUUGGGCAGAGAUGGGGAGACUCAUAGUUGGUGGUGGGAUGUUUAUGAUGAUUGGGCUAAGAGUAGACGGCGAAUGAGCGGUAAAUAUGCGUCUUAUGCCCCAACUUUGAUGUAUAGGUUAUGUGCGAAACCACUGGACGAACAGCAGUAUUAG